CCUCUACCCCUCCUUCCCCAAAAAUACAGAACCACGAGCAACCUCCAUUACUAACUCCCACUUCUCUCCACUUCUCCGGUCUCCACGGCGCACUUCUCCGGUCUCUACGGCGCACUUCUCCGGUCACAGGGCGACGUGAUUCACUAUGGAACAUCAUACAUAUGCGCAAGAAAAUUCAAUCAUAAAAAGUAAAUUAGAAAAAACAACCAAAAUAUACCACCCACCAUUGUUGCUGCUAGUAAGCUGUUACUUUCAUCGAUCGGUUCUGCACUCGAGUUCAUUGGAAUUGGAAGAUUCAUUCGAAGAUUCAUCGGAAUUGAAAGAUAAAGAAGGGCGCUCCUGCUAUCCUUUGAAGUUGGUUCAGAAGUUGAAGUUUUAGCUGAGAAGUUCCUGUCCUGGACAAAGUGAACAAGUCAGACAUAGCGAAGGAGAUUCUAGAGGUGUUGGUGACUAGUAGUAGCAGAUAGAUAUUCUUUGUUGAUUAAGGUCUUUAUGCAUGGAGGAUAUAGAAGACUUGUAUAAUGAUGGGAUGUCUAGGGACAAUGAUCCCUUGUGUUAUGAGCAUCCAACUGAGACGGAGCAUGAUAUUUCUCAAAAAGGCACUAAAAGGUAUCGAGGUGAAGUAAAAGGGUUAAAGUCCCCUAAUGUGCCAAAAUUCCUAGAAUGGGAUUCAUUUAAUCGACCAACUGGUCAUUGGUUGAAGGACUAUAGGCAACAAAUUGGGAAGACAGUGCAUACUAAGGUCAGUAUUUUGACAAACAAAUGGGAAGAGGUACCUCAAGGUCUUCAAGACACCCUUUGGGAUUACAUUAAGACUAUGUAUCAUAUUGACAACAAUCCACUGAAGAAAAAGUAUGUAAUGGCACACUUGAGUGACCGGUUUAGGGAUUGGAAAGCUAAGUUGGUAAGUGGACAUAUCACAAAGACAAGAAAAAUCUCGCCUAAUGCCAAACCACCUUACCUUGUAUAUGAAGCCAUCACUGAAGAAAUAUGGCAGCAAUUUGUUGCAGCUAAGACCACCGAUACAUUUAAGGAAAUAAGCGAGAAGGCACGGAAGAGUCAGUCGCACAAUCUGCAUCCUCAUUUUAUGGGGCAAAAAAGCUAUUCACAGAAGGAAACUGAAUGGGAGGUUGAAGGAAGAUACCCUUCAGUCGGAAGUACAGAUUCAACCAUGAGAAAACGACAUCUAAAUUGGAUUUUUGGCCGGCAAAAGAAAAACGAAAAAGGAGAAUAUGUUUUCCCUAAAGAUGAAGCACGCCUGGUUGGUGAAAAAAUAGACAAGGAGGUUCAGGAAGUCGAGCAAGGAAUUUGGACUCCACAUAGGCAAGAUGAUGUCUUAUCCCGUUCCCUUGGAAAGAAAGACCGUCGUGGACGUGUGGUUGCAGUUGGAGGAACAAUCGGCCAUCAAGCAUAUUGGGGGAAACCGGUUCGAAAUAAUGGAGAAUAUGAUCAUUUCUCACAAGCCGAACUAAAAAAGAUUGAAGGCGAUUUUGAGGCUAGAAUAGAGCAAGUGCGAAAGGAAACUAUAGCUAUGAUGGAAAAGAAAAUGGAGGUCGUAGUUGAGGAAAAAUUCAUUAACUUGGUGACAAAAUUAGGUCUAAAAUUGCCGGUUGGGAUGGAGAUUGGAAAGACCACAACCACUACAACCACUACGCGGAGUCGUAGCAACUCACCUUCUGUGGAGCUAGAGCCUAAUUCUGACCCAUUUGCGGAGUUGAAGAGUCCUUUAGCAUGUCGUCUGUGCCAACUUGAUGAUUCCCAACAAUUAGUAGUCGUGGCUAGGGGUGUAGCAUAUCCGUUCAAUGCUGAAGAUGUAGUACACCAUUCUGCAAUGAAGCCUGGUUAUUUGAAAGUUAGUGUGAACUCAUGUGUUCCUAGCUAUGAAACUGCACCUCUACCUGUACCCAACUUAGAGAUGAAGGAUGUUGGGGGAGCCGUAAAAAGUUUCGUCCAAUGGCCUAGAAAAUUGAUUAUAGGGGACAAGGAGUUUGUUCCGCGACGCAAGAUGAGUAGCGACCAACCGUUAGCGAUUAAUGUUGCUGUUAGUAGUGAUAUCGUUGUGGAGCCUGAUUCGUCUAUGAAGUUGAAGGUACAGGACAAGCGGGAUAAGGAAAAAAUUGUUGAUACUCAAAACACUGUUGAGUUCACUAUGGAAAGGACGCCGCUUGUUUCACAUAGUGUAAUGAAGCAUUUGAGUGAGUCAUGCAAACGACUCGCUAAUAUUCUUACUGAUCUGCCCCCUGGUGUGGAAUCCAUAUCUUUUCAAUUAGAUGCUGAGGUAUUCGGAUACAAGGAAAAUUUUUCUAGCUAUAUCUCAAAGGAGGAUGUUGUCCAACUUCUCAGUGGGGCUUGGUUAAAUAUAUCAACCAUACAAAUAUUCAUCAGGGCCUUACACGAAAAAUGCAAGAACUUGAGUGUUGACUCAAUCACAUUCAUGUGUCCGCAAUUGAUUUCAGCAACUACAUUGUUGGCAAGUUCGGAGAACAUAGAUGAAGCAUGUGAAUACAUGGCAAGGGUAAUGAAAGCAGCUUCCGAAAACAAUCAAAAGAUCCUAGCCCCAUAUCAUCAGAAGUAAGAUAAUCUUAACACCUACUCUUGAUAGAUAUAGAUUUGUUGGAGUAUUAUUUUUACAUCAAAAGAAAUAUAUUUGUUGUUGGAGUAAUAUUUUUGACAUCAAAAUAAAUACGAAGUAUAUUCUUUUCAAAUAAACUAAGUUGUCAAAAAUAGAAACUCUAAUAAAAGGCAGAACAAGUGUAAUCACUAAUCAGGCCUCAUGUUUGGCCUAGGCUUCUUAGGUAGUACAUCUCGAGCCAAGCUUUGAUAAAGUUAACACCAAAAGCUCACCACCAUUGAUCUCAGUUUAGUUGAAGCCCUUCCUGCAGCUUGAAAUUUUAUGUACACUUGAGUAAUAUCAUACAUUUGGUAGUUAACUACUGUAAUUACCAAUGAUUGUCCAAAAUAAAUAUUAAAAAAAAGCCGCAAAAUUGCCACAGAAUUGUCAAUUUUAGCUCCCCUGUGGCAAUCUGUUAAAAGUGCUAUUCUAUAUCUGUUUAAUUAGCAUUGCUUGAUAACUGCCUCUUCUGUAGUUCUGUGCUAUUCUCAACACUAUGGUAUAUACAUUGAAUGUUUUGUGAUAUUCUCAACACUAUGGUAUAUACAUUGAAUGAACACCUGGAACUGAAUGUCAGACACCAACACCUCCAGUCACCCGAUUGGUUACAAAGAAAAAUUAAAGAAAGUAAAAACAAGAGAGAAAUUUGGCAGCACUAUCUUGUCAUGCCUAGAAUAAUCUAUGUUUCUCCCUUCCUUUAUAUCACUGAACCAUGUGUUCUACAAAUACCUAGAGCGGCUCAAACACAGUUCGUCUUUCUAGGAGCUCAGAUAAAACACUUCUCAUUUUAUCAACAGAUAUAGGUUUCAAUACGCAACCAUCCAUACCAACCCUGACAUAAUUUUCUCGGGUCAACCUGUCCGCACUCCCAUUGAGUGCUACAAUUAACGCCUUUCAUGACGCUUUGAGAACCCUUUUCUUAUUUGAACAGCAACUUCAAAGCCAUCAAAUCGGCAUAGACAAAUCAAGUAAUACCACCCUGUAUUCUCGGGAGAUAGCUAACAAACAUUCCUCACUAGACGCUACAGCCAAGACAUCACAUCCAACGUGCAUCAGAAGUUUUUUUGUCACUAUUCUGCUAACCCUGCACAUAAGUCCCCGUAGUAUGCUUUAGAAAGUAAAUUAGAGCUAAAACAUUUGCAAAGGGAACUCGCAGAACCAGUAAUAGCCCUAUUCCACUGAUGAAGCCCACUAUAAAUGUAAAGAAAAGGAAAUAUUCACAAUAGAGGUUGGAUUCAGACUAGAAUGAUUCUACUCGCAGAACCAGUACGAGUGGUAAAUAUUAUUUCACACGCUAUUGACAUUCUUAU